AUGACCCCGAACACCCACAGUGACCCCGAACACCCACUACAGCCCCGGACAUCCACUACAGCCCCGAACAUCCACUACAGCCCCGAACACCCACUACAGCCCCGAACAUCCACUACAGCCCCGAACAUCCACUACAGCCCCGAACAUCCACUACAGCCCCGGACAUCCACCACAGCCCCGAACAUCCACUACAGCCCCGAACAUCCACUACAGCCCCGAACAUCCACUACAGCCCCGAACAUUAAACCACAGCCCCGAACAUCCACUACAGCCCCAAACAUCCACUACAGCCCCGGACAUCAACUACAGCCCCGAACAUCCACUACAGCCCCGAACACCCACUACAGCCCCGAACAUCCACUACAGCCCCGAACAUCCACUACAGCCCCGAACAUCCACUACAGCCCCGGACAUCCACCACAGCCCCGAACAUCCACUACAGCCCCGAACAUCCACUACAGCCCCGAACAUCCACUACAGCCCCGAACAUCCACUACAGCCCCGAACAUUAAACCACAGCCCCGAACAUCCACUACAGCCCCAAACAUCCACUACAGCCCCGAACAUCAACUACAGCCCCGAACAUCCACUACAGCCCCGAACAUCCACUACAGCCCCGAACAUCCACUACAGCCCCGAACACCCACUACAGCCCCGAACAUCCACUACAGCCCCAAACAUCUACUACAGCCCCGAACAUCUACUACAGCCCCGGACAUCCACCACAGCCCCGAACAUCCACUACAGCCCCGAACAUCCACUACAGCCCCGAACAUCCACUACAGCCCCGAACAUCCACCACAGCCCCGAACAUCCACUACAGCCCCGAACAUCCACUACAGCCCCGAACAUCCACUACAGCCCCGAACAUCCACUACAGCCCCAAACAUCCACUACAGCCCCGGACAUCAACUACAGCCCCGAACAUCCACUACAGCCCCGAACACCCACUACAGCCCCGAACAUCCACUACAGCCCCGAACAUCCACUACAGCCCCGAACAUCCACUACAGCCCCGGACAUCCACCACAGCCCCGAACAUCCACUACAGCCCCGAACAUCCACUACAGCCCCGAACAUCCACUACAGCCCCGAACAUCCACUACAGCCCCGAACAUUAAACCACAGCCCCGAACAUCCACUACAGCCCCAAACAUCCACUACAGCCCCGAACAUCAACUACAGCCCCGAACAUCCACUACAGCCCCGAACAUCCACUACAGCCCCGAACAUCCACUACAGCCCCGAACACCCACUACAGCCCCGAACAUCCACUACAGCCCCGGACAUCUACUACAGCCCCGAACAUCUACUACAGCCCCGGACAUCCACCACAGCCCCGAACAUCCACUACAGCCCCGAACAUCCACUACAGCCCCGAACAUCCACUACAGCCCCGAACAUCCACCACAGCCCCGAACAUCCACUACAGCCCCGAACAUCCACUACAGCCCCGAACAUCCACCACAGCCCCGAACAUCCACUACAGCCCCGAACAUCCACUACAGCCCCGAACAUCCACUACAGCCCCGAACAUUAAACCACAGCCCCGAACAUCCACUACAGCCCCAAACAUCCACUACAGCCCCGAACAUCAACUACAGCCCCGAACAUCCACUACAGCCCCGAACAUCCACUACAGCCCCGAACAUCCACUACAGCCCCGAACACCCACUACAGCCCCGAACAUCCACUACAGCCCCGGACAUCUACUACAGCCCCGAACAUCUACUACAGCCCCGGACAUCCACCACAGCCCCGAACAUCCACUACAGCCCCGAACAUCCACUACAGCCCCGAACAUCCACUACAGCCCCGAACAUCCACCACAGCCCCGAACAUCCACUACAGCCCCGAACAUCCACUACAGCCCCGGACAUCCACUACAGCCCCGAACAUCCACUACAGCCCCGGACAUCUACUACAGCCCCGAACAUCUACUACAGCCCCGGACAUCCACCACAGCCCCGAACAUCCACUACAGCCCCGAACAUCCACUACAGCCCCGAACAUCCACUACAGCCCCGAACAUCCACCACAGCCCCGAACAUCCACUACAGCCCCGAACAUCCACUACAGCCCCGAACAUCCACUACAGCCCCGAACAUUAAACCACAGCCCCGAACAUCCACUACAGCCCCAAACAUCCACUACAGCCCCGAACAUCAACUACAGCCCCGAACAUCCACUACAGCCCCGAACAUCCACUACAGCCCCGAACAUCCACUACAGCCCCGAACACCCACUACAGCCCCGAACAUCCACUACAGCCCCGGACAUCUACUACAGCCCCGAACAUCUACUACAGCCCCGGACAUCCACCACAGCCCCGAACAUCCACUACAGCCCCGAACAUCCACUACAGCCCCGAACAUCCACUACAGCCCCGAACAUCCACCACAGCCCCGAACAUCCACUACAGCCCCGAACAUCCACUACAGCCCCGGACAUCCACUACAGCCCCGAACAUCCACUACAGCCCCGAACAUCCACUACAGCCCCGAACAUCCACUACAGCCCUGA